AUGGCACCAGAGCGGCAGAAGAUAAAGGGUAGAUCAAAUACACGAUCCAGGCCCACAGGUCGUGGGCGAGUAGGUGUCUCGUCUUCCCGUUCAUCUUCAUCUAACGCCCGUACACCUAUACCUCAGAAUACUAUCCUACGAUACCUACAGUCAAGUUCGCCCAACCCUACAGCAUCUAGAAGAAGAACAUCGCCUGGAGCGGCAAGUUCUGACACGCUACGGUCAGACUUUUCCUCUGCUGCCAGCAACAACACAUCUAUCCACAGAUCAGGCAAUAGCAGCAGGACAGGUCCCGUUACAACAGGCUCUAUCCUUCCCGAGUCGUCAUCAUCAUCAUUAUCUCUAACCUCAGAUAUAUCACCGCCAACAGAUAACUCUCUAGGAAAUGCCAGGUUACGACGAGGUAGAGAGGUGGAUGCGCCGACCUCGUCUAGACCUCCAGUAAGACGACAUUACAGCAGAAACGAAUCUAUACCAGACUCGAUGGACGACAACAUGAUAGACGCGGCUGCCCUAGAUAGUAACGCGUUGCCAAGUAACCAUGUACCGGUACAUGGCUCUGAUAUACCGAUGGAUCAGACCGAGGAGGACAACAGGUCGUGGCAUAUACACUCAGCACCUCCAUCGAGUCACGGGUCGUACCAGGACAGCAUAAUAAAUAACCCGAACGAUAACGAUAACCUACGCGAACCUGCCAUCGCCCGAAGCGAUGAUCCUCUACACGAGGUAUAUAACGAAGAACGAGCCGAUCCUGUCACUGCGGAACUGCCAACCCGCCAGGAGGUUUACAAUUGGGUUGAAGAGGAAGGCUUAGAUGAAGGGGAUAAGCUGGCUCGACGUAUUGUCUAUAUCCUUACCGCCGGCCUGAUAUCAUGCCCGGCGGAUCAGCAUAAGGAGCAGGACGCGUCACACCUCGCAACGUGCCGCCGCCAUCUGCACCUGCGUGAGACGUGGGCUGGGUCUAGUGCAAGAGUCAGCGGGUUGUCCUUCGCAGAGAGAGAGGAACGGUCACGACAGUUCGGCCUGGACCGGACUGUUCGACCGCUUGACGCUUCAGUCACAGGUCUCCGUCGCGACCAGCUGCCACCAGCCAGCCGGCUCGAAGCCCAAUUCGCAGGUUGGCACGACGACAAAGACUGGUCAGAUGCCGAGGUCUGUCUUCACCGAGACGACAUACCACAUCGGAAGCUGGCCCCCGCUGUCCACGACAUCGAUAGUUUUCUACAUGUCACGAAAGACCCGCGCAGCCUAAAAGGACCGCUCAAUAUAUGCAUCACGUCGCAGCCGAGACUCCUUCUCUCCAAGUCCAUUCAUAUUCGCGUGCCUAUACAGGUGGGAGAGAAGAUCAAACAGGUCCCGAUCUACCAGAUCCCACAUACCGUGCUCGCACAUCAAAGGCCACGGACGGUCUAUAUGUUUUUCCCGCGGCUCUAUGACGAGAAGCGUCAGAAGAAGGGCCCGGUACCUUUACGCGAGGAGCAGAAUCGGCUAUUCUUUGACGGCUUUAUCCGGCCGAGUAUCGAGAAGAUUGGACCACACUUUGUGCACCACUUACCUGGAAGCUACGAUUCUGUCCGGGCAGCAUCACAGAUCGCCAGGGAGUCGUCAGGCUCGGCGGCUAUACGCGGAGCGGCCUUUGAGGUGCCGUAUAGUGAGGAGAACCUCCCCAGGCUGUGGAGCGUUAUGCAGGAGGCACUUGAUCGGGCGGAGCGUGAUAUGGUAGCGGAUGGGCUCCGACCUGGUAGCGACGGCAACGUAAGGGAGACAGAAGAUGCCAGUAAGCUAUGGCAAUUUGGCGAUGCCAUCUUCCUCUGCAGUUACAAGGACACAAAGUUAUGGCAUCAGUCCUCCGGCAGUAGCAUCGCGGGUGUGCUAGGAGACUUCCGCGCCCAAUGCAACGUCGUCAGCCUCGAGCAGGAACCGGCCAUGGGAAGUAUUCACGGUGGUGGCCCUUCUUAUACUCCUGCCAACGAGAAGUGGGCAUACUAUUCUGGCUCGACGGUGCUGCCAGCACAACACCUUACGCUUUCUCUACGGCCAGUCUGGGGAGGCCCUACUCGGAAGGACAACCCCCAGGCGGCAGAGGAUGAGUCUGAUCACGACUGGGGUGUUGAGACCGGCAGUAGCCAGGAGGAUGAGGAAGGUGGAGGUGAAAGAGGCUAUGACAGAGACGACGGACAAGUUCGACGCGGAGUAGGGAGCGGGGAAGACCAGGCUGCAGAAUAUGAUGGUUGGAAGCCUCCCCGGAUCCCGCGCGCCACGACAACAGAGUACCCAGUACACAUGCUACGAGACUCCAUCUCUAUUACUUCGGAACCCAGGAGAACUAGUCCUAUCUUUAAGCACGGCGUCUCGUAUAUUCAAUCCUACACCGUAGAGGAGGGGAACUUCAAUGUGGCCGCCAUCUGGGCUUUCUCACACCCCAACAUCUUUAACCUCGCGCACAGCGAUGAGGCCUGGGCAGCAGUAGCCCGGGAGGGAAAUAUCAAGGCUAGCCGCCAGGACGCGGAACGGGCACUAUCACAGUCCAUUCAACGUAUGGCUAGUAACCUGAAGGAUCCGUCACGGGGAUACGGAUGGCGGAUUGAACUGCGCAUCACGACAGCACUCGCGGCUCAGUUACGGCCGGCGGAAGAGGCCUGGUGGCAACUGACCAAGCGGACAAACCGGCUAUCUGACGAGCCAGGCGCCGUGACUGUGACCCCGGACAGGAAUGCUUUCUACGUGCUUGCGGCUGGCGACUUCAAUGCAUUCGUACGACAGAACAUCGAUAAGCAUCGGCGGCUUAUGGACUAUAUUAUGUCAUAUUGGGCGCGAGACCCAUCUACACCACAGUCAGCGGCAUCGCUCUAUGCUAUCGCAACGCUUGCUCUCCGGCAAUUCAUCAACCACCAGCCGUAUGCAUUGGCCAGGAUACUAUCUGCACCUCUCACCGCCGCUGCCGGGGGCAAGAUCGGUCUCGAUAUGGCCCGUUCCAGAGAGCAGCGGGGGUUUGCCUUCUUCCCGAAAGAUGUGAUAGAUUGGCAUGAGCUCCGGCUAUGUGAUUGGGCCAUAGACCUAUUGCAGGUGCCACAGCUCGUCAUUAAGGCACACUGGCUGGAAGAGGCAUCACUACGGAAGUCUAGACACCUUAUCGACCAGGUGAUCAGCCUCGCCAUCAGUAGGGAUAUCCGCACGCGGGAGCAGGCCGAGGAUGUACUCGGGAUCCUCUCGCAGCUUCUGAUCCGCAGCUAUAAGGAAACGGCAUACCUAGCGCUCUUCCCGGCAAAGGGUGGGAAGAGAAGAGUGCCCGACAUGGACGUAUUUGAGUUUACCCUAGCUGGCGUGCGUUCUGAGUCGAGAGCCGUGCAGGGCAGAGACUGCAAUCCUCCAGGGAACCACCGCUUCUUUAUUAAGCACGUUUCGACUUAUUUUGCCUGGGCAUGGACCCUUGCUGAUAGUGAUAUUAGCCGUGGACAUCUCGAAAGCCGGCAUUUCCGCGUUGAGGCGAAGAGGGCUAUCAAAGCGUUUGAGCAGCUUAGCCACAGUCCGUUCAUCACGGCACAACGGUUCCUCUGCGUGCUAUACUAUCGCUUCUGCCAGCAGGUACUCUGCUUCCCCAACCCCGACAAGAUUAACGGUGUUAUGUCUGUGACUGCCAAGAACGGCAGCCGUACCGUUCUCUGCACACAUGUUAUCAAGCCAUGUGUAACCAUUCCUGAUGAUGCCAAGUUGACGGAUACCGUUGCAGCCAUCGUCUUAACCCAGGAUCCGAAUAUACAUCCACAGAAGAGCAUAUACCCACCUCGUAUCAUAUACUCUAUUCAACAGAUCCGCAGAUAUCUACGUUUGCCUUUAUCUCGAGAUAACCUUCAAGAGAGAUAG